GCGCAUUCCGGUAACAGAAAGCCAGAAAGCGCAAAAAGGAGGGAGGAGGAGGGGAAAAACGGUCGAUUCAUUUCGAAAAAUUUCUCGCAUUGGAAAAAAAAAAAUUGCGCUUCCGUCAUACUGGGAGGGAGGGAGGAUCCUUCUGCUCUGCACUGCCCUGGAAAGGGGGGAGAAAAUAUUCUGUUUGACCCGCAUCGGUUUUUUGGGAGGUAACGAAGGCGGUGUGUGCCGCUUUGCUCUUUUUUUUCUCCCCUCCUUUUCCAAAUUAGAAAUCGCUUUAGAAUUUCUUUUUCCCUUGCGCAGGCCGUGCGUGCGCGCGCUUUUAUUCACCUCUAAUUUGCGCAUCCGGAUUUGGGGGAAACCGAUGCGUUCCUGGGUCUCGUUCUUAUCCCGAGCGAGCAGGGGAACCGGAGAGAGGAAGCGGGAGGGAGAGGAAAAGGGGACGAGCGUGAAGCGAGUUCAAAGCUCUGGACUACGCGAGGCUGUGUAGCCGUGGCUAAACCCCAGCGGAGCCAUGAGCACUCAGGAGGUCCCCAACGCCAGUCUGAAGCAGGGCGACACGCCCUCCGAGACCCUUUCCGCCCAGGCCGUACUCGCCGCCUCGCCCAAGACCGCUACCCAUCAGGUGAAGACCGAGCCUCGUCGCACUCCCACCACCACCUCAACCAGCAACGGCAAAGAGAGCGAUGGCAGCCUUCCUGCUGAGAUCUGCGUCGUCAUCGGGAGUCCUCGGAAUUCCCAAACACAAGGCUCCUACGUCUGCCGAGUGUGUGGGAAGAAGUACAAGUAUUACAACUGCUUUCAGACACACGUCCGUGCCCACAGAGAGUCAGAGAGCACCGUGCCUACAGAAGCGGCGCCUCAUGGCCCAAACAAUGCUUUCCGUUACACAUGUGACAUUUGUGGGAAGAAGUAUAAAUACUACAGCUGCUUCCAGGAGCACAGAGAGCUGCAUGCAGUCGAUGAUCCCUACGAUCAUGUGAUUCCCGUGGAGGAACCGAAGGAGGAGAUCGAGCCCUAUCAGAAAAUCGGACCAAAAACGGGGAGCUACACUUGUGAAUUCUGUGGAAAACAAUAUAAAUACUUCAACCCUUAUCAGGAGCAUGUGGCCCUUCACACUCCAAUGAAGAGCUCUUUCGGUCUGAAAAUUGACAGUAAAACCUCAGUGCAGCCGAGCCGCGGCGACGCCAACAGCUCCCAGAGCUCGGGCGAUGCUACAAGCCCGAUGGUGGCCAGCGCCUUCCCUACAUCGCAGAAGGCCUACACGUGCGGAUCCUGCGGCAUUCAGUUCCAGUUCUACAGCAACCUCAUGGAGCACAUGCAGUCGCACGCCGCGGAUAACGAGAAUCACACUAAAGAGGACUCGGCUAAAGCGUGUCAAGCCCCCGCACCUUCCCAGGAGCAGACGUGGAAAUCGCCUCAGCCGGCCCAGAGGAACCACAUCCCAUCUUCGUACCAGAACAGAUUGCUUCCGGAGAAGGAGCGGCAGCAGGUGGCUGAACGCUUGUUGCGCAUGAUGUGUACCGAUUUGGGUCUCCUUGGUGUACUCAGCAGCAAGGACUUCCUCAAGCUGGCCCAAACUCUAGUGGACACAGGCUCCCGCCAUGGCGCUUAUUCCAUCCGCGAUGCUCUCGGAGACAUGAGCACUUUAGCCCUGAAGCAGCUUCCUCGCAUGUACAACCAGGUCAAAGUGAAAGUGACCUGUGCGCUCGGAUCAAACUCCUCCUUAGGCAUUGCUGUGACCUGUCAUUCACAGACUAUUGGGCCGGAUUCCUGCUACGUGCUAACGGCGUAUCAGGUGGAGGGGGUUCGGCUUCGACGUUACGUGCUAGGAAUUAAAGAGUCUUCUAUAAGGGAGGGUCCGGAGCAUGUCCAUCACUGGGUCCAGAAUGUCCUUUCCGAGUUCGUCAUGUCAGAAAUCCGCACAGUUUAUGUCACGGAGCCACGUUUGUCACUGUUACCGAGUUGCGGCAGGUCCAGCCUUAGCUUGCGGUGUGCUGGAUGCUCACUUUCAGCCACUAUUCAGGCCGUUCUUGGGCGACGUAGCCUUCAGGCCAGGGGCCUGCAUGAACUUGGAGAACUUCUGGCAACAUGUCGUGACAUUGCUGGAAGCAGUAGCUUUAAUCGAGACAGCAAGGCCACAGAUGAGUCUCCACCACCACCCUGUUGGGAUUUCACCGCUGAGGCAUUGCUCAAGGUCCAUGAGAACUUCGAGGCCAUAUGUGAAGUGUACGGCCGCUGCAAAAGCACAGCACCGCUUCUACAAGGCCUCAACAAGCACCUUCUCAGCACGCUAGCCUCACUGCUUGCACCCUUGCGCCAGGCAGCACAGGAGCUGGGGGGUGAUCGCUGGCCCACACUUCAGCAGGUGCUCCCCUCCUACCUUCGCCUGGAGAAACUCUUUACCUCCAAGGCUGGCGAGGCAGGUGCUGGCAGCAAGCUCUGCCACUACUUCCUGGAAGCAUUAAAGGAAAACUUCAAGGUUGAGAGAGUCCACCAAGUGGCUAUGAUCCUGGACCCACAGCUCAAGCUCCGACCAGUCCCUGGAUACCAGCAUGAGGAGAUUAUCUCCAGGGUAUGUGACAUGGCUGUCAGCAUGAAGGAACCAGCGAGUGGAGGCCCGUCUGGGAUCUCGGGGGAUGAGCGGGAGAGCGACGGGCCAGCUGGUCCCAAGCGAGGGCGCAUGGAUUGCGGGAUAGACAGGCCAUCCUGCGCUGCUGAGGAUCCACAGGUUCGGAAGGAACUGUUCCAGUACCUGGGUGAACCGCUCUUCCAAUCGACAGGGGAUCUCUUCCAGUACUGGAGCUCCGUUAUGGACAGAUAUCCCAAGUUGUCCCGUUUGGCUUUGUGGCUCCUGGCAGUGCCCGCCAUGGGUGUCCGCAGCGAAUGCAUCAGCAUCUGUGAGCAGACCUUCGCCCUAAAGAGGAAGCGCGAGGUCACGGCUGAGGAAAUGAACAAGCUCGUCUUCCUCAAGUGCAAUUUUGCCUGAGGUAGAGCAAGGCCACCAGCCAGCACUACUGACUCCUUUGUGAAAGACACACUAAAGUAUUUAGUAUCUAGACGCUGGUCUAGGUUUACUUUGUAGCUUUCUUUACAUCCUUGGUUGGAUCUCUUAUUCUGGAGCGAAAACCUAUUUCUGGAUCAAUGUCUACGAACGACGUGCAGUUAACGAGUUCUUUUUGUGGACGACUGCUGUGGAGCAAUACAUUCUUGAGCAGAUAUCACCUACACACACCUCAAACCUCAACUUUCUACUGCCCUUGGUAACCUAGCAGCGAAAAAGAUAAGCCCUAAAACGUGGAUAUAAACUUUUGUCGUCAAUGCUUGAACCAUCUAAACCAAAACAUGGACACACUGUAUGCAUCAUCUUUAUUUUUCCUUUUUCAAUUAGUUUUUCAUUUUUUUCAAUUAGACUCCUAGACUGUUUGUCCCUGUUAUCCUGCCUGAAUUGUCCAUUUCUUUUUUUUUUCUCCUUUCUCCUCCUGCGCUGCCGAAAGAUAAUUAAUCUACUUUGCUUUUCUUGCUGUACAAAUGACCUCUUAGUUAUCAGGUCUUGGAAAUUAUUUCAGGUAACCUAUGUGCAUUUCUUAUUUCAGUGUUUCUAAAUGAGAGUUCUUCACUGGGUGCUCGCUUCCACUCGUUUGACUGAAUAAUUUGCCGUUUUUAAUAUAUGCUUCUUAAAAUCCGUCAUUUUAAUGGUCCGUACCGAUAGAAGACGCCAUGUAUUGCACAGUUUGAAUCUACAUAUGCAUGAGGAAUCAGAUAUUCAAAUUUUAUUCUAAACGCAUCGCUCUCGUCGCAGUCGGUGCAUUCGACCCCCUUCCGAGCACAGCAGGGUCCAACCUAUAGAGCUACAACCUGCUCGUCAGAUCAUGUGCAUCAUCACAGUCUACAGGAUCUUGAUUAUCUUGGCCGUGAGACUGUCUUGAUGGAGACGGAAUAGUUUAGAUUCAGAAGCGGAUGUACCAUGUGAUCGUUUUUGAAACACUGGCCCACACGGCUUCGGUGUAUAUAAUGGAGUCUUUUACGCAAUCCCAGAAUGGUUUAGCUUGUACCCAGUUUUCUCGCUGAACUCGGACGGUCCAGAUGGGAAAUCCUGUGUUUUUGGUUCAAUGUAAACAAUGGCCAAUAAAGGCCAAAUAUCUCAUUAACGAUCCAAACAAUGCAAGGCCGAUUUGAAACCAUCUGAAGCUAUAUUCACAUGGGUGGAGAUCGCUUGAGAGAAAAUUCUGGCAUCCUAAAGGGUUCGUCAGAUUUUUUUUGUUUUUUUUGUUUUGUUUUUUUUCCCUUUUGAGAGAAACCUUUUUAAUGGUUUUUAAAGGAUCCAAGUAGUACCAUUUUGGGAAAACUGUAACCAUUGUCCAUUCCAAAACAAAACAAAAAACCCUUAAAGAGCCCUUUGUUAGAGAGUGCAUAGAGUAGCUCAUGGAAAAUGGUUGGACUCUUGAGCAUGACCUUUAACCCUGAAACUACUGUACUGGAUAUUGCUUUAGGUCAAAACACUACAUUUAAAACAUACACUUGUUUUGUUUUUGUUUUUUGUUUUGUUUUUUUUAACUGGCGUCCUGACUUUGUGCGGUGGUCUGGGGGGUGGAAUACAGGUUUUAGUUUCUGUUUUCGCAUGUAUGCAUUUUUAAAAAAAAAAGUUUUCCACCAAAAGUGAAUCGGAAAGAAAUCGGAAAGAAAAAAUUGUAAAGAUUGAAUCCCAGCUGUGGUUCAGGAGCAUUAUGGACAUUUUAACAGCUGGUAUCCGAUUACAAUCUUGCGUCCGUGUUUCUUUGGCACGGUUUCUAUCCACCGGCCCGAUCAAAGUUCACUGUGUGAGGAAAUCACAUUUAGCUAGUCAGGUUUUAGACAAUUUUAGGCAGGCUGACUGUUUUUACCAGAAUGUUUUGAUAAACAUGAUCUUUCCAGGCAGACGCUUAUAAAGUAGUCUAAAUAAAAAAUGUUGUUUUGGGUUAAAUGUUUUCUUGAAGGUAUAAAAGUACGUUACAGGCAAAACAAUCCAAAAAAAACGAUGUUGGGUCUCGGCCACGGCAACGUCCGAGUGGUUUUCCCAGACCGCCAUGCAAAUAUAAACACAACUGGCACUUUUUCUUCACAACAUGGCUGUCUCGAGUGUUUAAACAUCUUUAUAUAGAUCCUAAUUGAAGGGACGUCCUGACUAUAAAUGGUAUGCAUCAACAUUGGUGUGUAUCAACGCUCUUCUGCUUCUUUAGGGAUAGGAUUUGUAUUAUUUAAUUGCCAUUUAAAAAGUCUUAGGAAUCUGCAUUCUGGGAUGUUCACUGUGUUGAAAAAGUUGUUUCAGUUCAAUAUGAAUAGAUGGUUUGAAUAGAUUGCAGCUGCUUUUAGUUCUGGAUGCAGCUUCCAUAUUUAAUUUUUUUUUUUUUUUUUUUUUAAUUGUUCUGUCUUUAAUGCACUGGAUUUCUUUUAAAAAAAUAAAAUAAAAUAAAAAAAAGCCCCAACAGAAAGAUAGUAUAAUUAGUUUCUAUAAUCUUCGAGUGAUAAUUCAAGGAUGGAAUCGAAGAGCUUAUUAAAAACGAACCUUCCCAACUGUAUGGCAUGGCCAAGCUUGAUAAAGUUCCCUCUGUCUUGUACACACCAGUUUCGAAGUGUAAUGCUGUUCUGAAGAUGUACGGACAACAUGGAUGUUUUUUUUUUUGUUGUUGUUUGUUUGUUUGUAUGUAUGUAUGUGUCGCUUGGACAAAGUUUCUCCAAGAUCUUUGAGCUUGAGUGGAGCUGGAUGAUGUUUAUUCCUGUUGUUCCUUUUUAUAGCCACAAGAGGGCGCCGUUCAGCUCCUGCUAUGGUGGGAGUGGCUAAACUCCUUACCUCCUUUUGUAUACACAACUUUGAUAAUAGAGUUCAUCAGAAUUCAAAAACCGGUACUGUGUUUUUUUUUUUUUUUUUUUUUUUUUUUUUUUUAAUUUUAUUUUUAUUUUUUAUUUUCUGCUUUUGUGCAUCCAGGGGAGAACGUAUUUGUUUAGACUGCCAAGGAAGUAUCAGAUUGUUCUCAUCAGCAUACUCCCAUUUUGCAAUAUUUAAAUACAAAUAAAUGUACUCUUAUUUUAGGGACCCACUAUUAUUAUUUUUUUCCCUUUCUGCUAAGUGCAAAAAGAAACGGAUGGUUGCUUUUUUUUAGUUCUUUUCAUUUUAUUUUAGUAGGGUAUUUUUUUUUUUUUUUUUAAUUUUUAUGAUUGUGUAUGACUUGUUUGAACAGUAGGUCUAAUUUAUACUUUUUUAGCAGCACUAUUUUUAUAUCUAUAUAUAUGGUUAAUAAUAGAACUUUAACUCAUUACUGAUUCUCAGUAGAACACCAAGCGCUGUGCAGCAUCCUCAGACUCUAUCAUGUACUGUGUGAAAAUAAAACGUACUGAAACAGGAA